AAGGGUAUCUUCGAAAAUUUGACUUCGACUGAACUGAAUCAUGUCUGGACGCGGAAAAGGAGCCGGCAAGACCAGAGCGAAGGCCAAGACCCGCUCCUCCAGGGCCGGGCUCCAGUUCCCCGUCGGCCGUGUCCACAGACAUCUGAGGAAGGGCAACUACGCCCAGCGUGUCGGUGCCGGAGCUCCGGUCUACCUGGCGGCGGUGCUCGAGUACCUGACCGCUGAGAUCCUGGAGCUGGCCGGUAACGCGGCCCGCGACAACAAGAAGACCAGGAUCAUCCCCCGUCACCUGCAGCUGGCUGUCCGCAACGACGAGGAGCUCAACAAGCUGCUGGGCGGAGUCACCAUCGCUCAGGGCGGCGUGCUGCCCAACAUCCAGGCGGUGCUGCUGCCCAAGAAGACCGAGAAGCCCGCGAAGAAGUGAAGACCCCCGGGACCGACUGACCAACACAACGGCUCUUUUAAGAGCCACACACCCUGAACCAGAGAGAAGCUGCUUCCUGCACUGAUAUCCAUAAUCACAUUGACUUCACCUGAAGUUUAUUAACAUACAAUAUUGAUCAUGAGCAUAAAAAAGACUCAAUUCUCAGACAUGAUCAAAUUAAUCUGGGGGAAAAAAAGGCUUUACUCUUUAAUAGUUCUUUGUUGUCAAGAACUAUUAACAAUGAAGUACCUUAUCACACAGGAAACACUAAAAAACACUUUGCCUAUACAGAUGAGAAUAAAUAAGAUGCACAAUCCAAGUAAUCUAAUAAGUGUUUGUUAAACUAAAUUUAAAUUAUUUGUUUCUGAUUCAACAGAUCAAACAUCUAAAAGAAAGUUUAAGUAAAGUAACUUCAAAGUGUCCGUCCGAUGAUUCAGUCCUUUGAAUUCCUGCAUGUUUCAAAAUAUAUAUAUAUACAGGUGAAA